AUGACACCCAACGCCAUUGUUUCGACUUGCGAUGGUAAAAGUCCAGCGGCCUACAAGUUUGCCAAGAGGUGGCACGAGCAGUCUGACUUGGCUAGGGCAUACCUUGACAAGGCGGCAAAGAAGAUGAAAAAGUGGGUCGACACCAAACGAAGGCGGGUGGAGUACGAAGAUAAGUCUAUCAAAAAUAUUGUUCAAGUGAUUUCAGAAAAAUUACAGCCUAAACCAUUAAGAGUUGCUAAGUACGAAGUGGGUAUCGAUGCAUGCAUAGACAAAAUAAUUACAUUGCUAGACGAGGAUCAACUCUUUGUUGGAAUUUGUGGAAUUGGAGAAGUAGGUAAGACCACCGUUGCCAAAGCGGUUUUCAACCGUAAAUCAAAAGAUUUUGAAAGAAGUUGCUUUCUUGAAAAAGUGAAAGAAGAGUCAGCAAAGGAUGGUGGUCUAGCUAAACUACAAACCAAGCUUCUCAGGGAGACCCUAAGGGAUCAAACUAUAACAAUAUCAGAUCCUAAUGGGGAAAUCAAUGAGAUAAAGGAUAGACUUGGUAAUAAAAGGCUUCUUCUAGUGCUUAAUGAUGUAGACGACCAAAAUAUAUUGCAGUACUUAGUUGAACAUGAAUGGUUUUGUAGUGGUAGUAGGAUCAUCCUAACAACUAGAGAUAAACAAUUGUUGGAAAUGUACGAUGUUAGAACAUACGACCUUAAGUUAUUAAAUGACAGCGAAGUGCUACAACUUUUCAGUUGUCAUGCAUUCAAGCGGGAAAAGCCUGAAGAUGAUUAUGAGGAACUUUCAAACCGUGCAAAAGAUUAUGCCAAUGGCCUUUCACUUGCUCUCCAAGUUUUGGGUUCUCUUUUACACAAAAGAGGAAAACAAUACUGGUCAAGUAUAUUGGAUAAGUUGAAGACAAACCCUCCCAAAGAAAUCAAGGAAAAUGUUUAUCGUGUUUUAAAGAUUAGUUAUGAAGGCCUUAAUGAGGAAGAGAAUGAUAUUUUUCUUGAUAUCGCAUGUUUCUUCAAUGGAUGCCAUAAGAAAUAUGUCAUGAAUGUUUCUAAGUUGCCUGAAUCUGACGUGGUCAUUGAAAUACAAAUUCUUAAUGAGAGGUCCCUCAUUAAUAUAUCAGGAAAAAAUGUGGUGUUAAUGCAUGACUUGAUACAAGAAAUGGGCCGAGGAAUUGUUCGUCAAGAAUCUAAAGAACCUGGAGAAUGCAGUAGGCUGUGGUCUUGUGAUGACAUCCAUCAAGUAUUCGCUGAAAAUAUGAAAAAAUUGAAGCUGCUACCCAACAAUGGAUUAUCUUUAGAGGGAGGGUUGCAUGUAAGAGCUGAUGCGUUCACAAAGAUGAGGAAGCUACGAAUACUCAAAAUCAAUGGUGUGCGGCUUGAUGGGUGCCUUACAGAUCUUUCAAAUGAGUUAAGAUUGUGA